AUGCCGCUCGUCUUCUCGACGACUGCGGGCGGGCUGCGGUUGCGGGACGUCGAGACGGGCGGCGGCAGAGAGGCUGCAGCGGGCGACGUGGUGCGAGUUCUCUUUAGCGGGUCGCUGCUGUCGGGUGCGGAGGGCUGGAGCGUGAGCGAGCGCGGCGAGACUUUCGCCAUCGGCAGAGGCAACUCGGCAAUGUGGGAGGAGGUGGCGGUCGGCAUGCGCGUCGGGGGGCGACGGACCGUGCUCGUGCCGCCGUCCGCGUCCCUCCGCCCGAUAAAAAAGGGGCGCGCGCUGCUGGCGCCUCCCGGCGAGACGAUGCGGUUCGAGUGCGAGCUCCAAACCAUCGAGUCGGGCGUGACCGCCCUCGCCGUGCGCUCGGGCCUGCUCGGCGUCGGAUCCGUCGCCGCCCCGCUCGCCCUGAUCGCGCUCACCAACUGGCUCUGCUGCCUGCUCUGGGCGGGCCUGCCCCAGCCCGCCGACGCCGCGGAGGCGCGUGGCCAGAGGCGCUCGAACUAG